UAUAAUCUAUGGCAACAGAUAUUUUAUUUCGGUUGGCAAUAUUGUAGUACAAAGCAAAGCGAGUUGUGUCAAGAAUUACUGCGUUUUUUACGAAAAAUAAUCUCAAAUUACAGUAGGAAAAUGUAGAAUUCAUUGUUCACGUAAAGUUAAUUAUUCAUUUUUAAACAUUAAUGUACAUAUUAAUAAUUGUGUGUUUAUAAGCGAACAGUCUGCUUAGUGUUGUGAUGUGUUUAUCAAGUGAUUAUAAUAUUUUAACACAUUGUGAACCCAUUGAGUGUUAUCACUGUUAAAAUGGCUAAGAAAUCGGAUAAUACCGGCGGUAAGCUGGUCACUGUCUCUGUCGUCGGACUUUCUGGUACUGAGAAGGAGAAAGGGCAGCUCGGUGUCGGCAAGUCAUGUCUCUGCAACAGAUUCGUGCGCACACACGCCGAUGAUUACAAUGUUGAUCACAUCUGCGUGUUGAGUCAGUCUGACUUCAGCGGGCGUGUGGUGAACAACGACCACUUUCUGUACUGGGGCAGUGUUUCGAAGGAGAAUGAUGAUCAGGAGUACCGAUUCGAGAUCGUCGAGCAGACCGAGUUUGUGGACGAUGCGUGUUUUCAGCCGUUCAAAGUCGGUAAAACUGAAACCUACGUAAAGAGAUGUGUCGCCACAAAGCUUCAGUCUGCUGAAAAAUUGAUGUACGUGUGUAAGAACCAGCUGGGUAUAGAGAAAGAGUAUGAUCAGAGACUGAUGCCGGAUGGAAAGCUGUCUGUGGACGGUUUCCUGUGUGUCUACGAUGUUAGUCUUGUGCCUGGACGAACUUGGGAGAAACAGAAUGAGGUCCUGGCAGCGAUACUCCAGAACAUUAUAAAGCUCAAGAAACCAGUGGUUUUGGUCACCUCCAAGAACGAUGAGGCUUGUGAACAAGGAGUCAGGGAGGCGGAAAGGCUGGUGCAGCGCAAGGAGUUUAAAGGCAGCAUACCCAUUGUGGAGACAUCCAGUCAUGACAAUGUGAAUGUAGACCAUGCCUUCUUCCUGUUAGCUCAGAUGGUUGACAAGUCCAAAGCUAGGAUUAAGGUGGCUAACUAUGCAGAGGCUCUACGGAUAAGAAGAGAAACGCUAGACUUUGUCACUGAAGCCUUCACCCAGCUCAUUAGGAUGCAUGUGCAAGAUCAUAAGGAGAUGUGGUCGGCAGCUAGCAAGAGAUUGUGUCACUACCCAGAAUGGGUCAAGUUUGUCCAGCAGUUUGGAAACGAUGGGACGCAAGUCGUAUUCCGUCGUCAUAUUCGAAGACUGAAGGAGGAGCGUUCAGCUAAGAAACUCCGCAAGCAGCUUGCCAAGCUGCCACAAAUACUGUCCCGUAUGCAGCUACCCACUGAAGACUUGCAGGAGAACGAUUGGCCGAUGGUGGUUCGUCAGCUCCGCAGUCACCGCGACUUCUCGGUGUACUUCAGCGAGGGUCGACACCAGGACUCCGGUUCCGAGUCAGGGUCGGAGCUCGACAGUCCACUCGCUAUUGACACCACCCUCCGGGUUGGAGAACGAGCUCGAUACCAGACCCUGGGCCAGUCGCAGAAGAUUCCUUACGAGAUUCUAGAGUCGAACGAGGCGGCUGCUGUCUUCAAGACGUUCUUGCAUGAAGCGCAAGAGGAACAUCGGAACUAUGAAUGGUGUCAACAGUUCAAGCGUCUCCUAGAAGAGACAGGUUACGUGACCCCCGGCAAGCAGUUGUCGGAAGUUCGCGUGUUGCUGAUGGGUCGCGAGUGCUACGAGGCACUGGCCGAGGACCAGCAGCAGAGGGUCUACGACCAGCAUCAACGCCAGAUACAGCGGCGCGCUAAGGAUAACUUCCAGGAACUGCUCCUGGAACACGCAGACUUGUUCUACCACUUCAAGAGCAUAUCUCCAACUGGGACGAUCACGCAGGAAGACAUCAAGGAGAUCACUGACGUACUACAGGACGAUUUCAGGUACAAGAUGCUGGACCGCAUGGAGCAGGACCGCAAGUUGAUGUUGUUCCAGCACCUGGGGUUCGUGCACUGCCCCAUGCGGGAGCACUGCCCCGCCGGGGCCAACUGUCUCGACGCCACGCUGCCCGUCAUACUCAAUACCAGGGUUGGAUCAUUGACAUCGACGGGAGAGUCUCAGUGCCACGCUGGCCCACCGGCCGCGCCAUGGGCGCUAACCACAGACUCCAACCAGAUCAACGUCAUCAUACUGGGCGUGGAAGGUAUAGCUGGUGAAUUUGGCAAGCGGUUAUUGGCCGGCUGUGAUGCGGAGAGACGAGUCAACGUUGCCGGCCAUAGCUGGCGCGUCGAACAACGGGUCAGGACUGAUGACUUCAGCGCUGAGACCACCUGCAUCGAUGACUUCGCUCCAAAUGGAUAUUUCUGCGUAUACCAAGAUCAGGAAUCGUUCGAGUACAUAAGAGGAUGCGCCGAAAAGACGCUGCUAUCGAGCUUAGAACAAGAGGACAAGUUGCCGUUUCAGGGUUUGCCUUUAGUUGUGAUGUUCGUUCAAGAUGAAGGUCUGGAUAAGAAGGAGCUCACAAGAUUGCAAGAGGAAGGCCAGAAUCUGGCAGACAAUCUUCAUUGUUCGUACAUGGAAGCGUCAGUGAACGAGCUGGGAACUGAAGCGCUUACUUCAGACGCUGUGCAAGAACUAGUCAGAGCCAAUAGAGAGAAGGCGAGCUACGCGCAUCUAUACAGGGAUGUCAUUGUCUGCUUCGAUUCUGAUAUCAGGAUAAUGGUAUGCAUGUUCUGCGACGACCCAUACUCCCCGGAGCGCGUACUGAGCCCGCUCCUGCUGCACCGCGCCUGCUUCCUCACCGGGGACCGUUCCAUUGUCAUCGAGACCUUCCUCGGGGACUCCAAGCGGAAAGUUGAGGUUAUAAUAUCAAGUUUCCACGGUGCGAGUCAGUUCAGAGAGGAAUUGAUCCACGGAUUCAUUCUCAUCUACUCAGCUAAGAGGAAAGCUAGUUUGGCUACUUUGAAUGCUUUCUCAAUGAACAUCCCGAACUUGCCGAUACAAAUGGUGGCAGUAACGGACGGAGGCGGUUCCGCCAGUACAUUCUUCGGCACGGAUUUGGGCCACGCACUCAUCACUGAAGGGAACGCUACCGCAGACAGACUCGCUGCACACUUCACUACGUACACAUCUAGUGCUGAAAAUAAAUCGGCGUUCUACACGCCGUUCUUCAAGGAGGUGUGGGAGCGGAAGGGCGAGAUCGAGCGCGCCUUCCGCAUGGAGCAGCCCCACAACCUGCCCGACGUCGCCGCCGCGCGCCCCGCCCCGCCGCCAAGAAACCAUUCCUACCAUCUCAACCAUAUGCGUGAGCACAAAUUAACCAACUCGUUGGACCUCCUCAUCGGCCCCGACUCCCGCGCAGACAUCGACUCGGAGUACAGCGACACACUCAACAACUCUAAGAAUAGAGGAUUCCUGAAAGGUUUCAGCGUAUACCCUCCGCCUAGCACGCCUCCGGAACCAGCACCACCGGAUCACAGAAUGCACGCAGAUUUAUCACAUGGUGGUGGUCUAUGGCAACCAGCUAGCUAUGGGCACCGAGCGUUCACGACGGGACGCACUCGACCACAUCAGCCCCCGCCUAGAGUAAGGCAUUCUCAGACGUUGAAGCAACCUGGAAAACUGGACAUGAAUAAUUACACGAUGGUCAGCGAUGCCCUUCAACACAUCACCAUUGGACCUCCUGCUCACUCCAGAUCCGAUAGAAAGACGCAGCGCACUGGUUGGACUCACUCCAGUGGGCAGCAAGGAGGCCACCAUCACCAUCCGUCCGGUGUUAGCUCCGAGACUGAACUCGAUGCACAGUAUGCACAGAUUAAAGAAACGAAUGAAUACAUGGAAGCGCCGUCUAUGAUGCGGUUGCGAAGACAUCGGAGACACGAGAAGACGCCUUUACAUCAGCCCUCAUUCUCGGAGACGGACAGCUCGGGGUCGAGCUCGGGGUCUGGCGGGGGCAGCGCGGGCCGCGCACACGCCCGGCGCCGCCACAACGCGCACCACGCGCCCCGACACUACAAGAAAAGGUCGUUAGGCAACUUGGUAGCUGUCCAGAGCCCGCGCGUGCCAAAGCUGGGAAUGUUUGUGGGUCCGCCCGAACUGCCGACUGGAUACAGAGCGAGGACGCAGGAGGAUAAAGCUGCGAGCGAGUCCAGUGAAGGUAGUUCCGACGGAGAGUCCCGGAGGCCUAGGCCAUUGCCCCCGCCGCCACAUCACGAACCCACACACAAGAUACUAUCGGGAGAAUAUCCAUCAUCAGCUCAGGACAACUCAUCGUCAAGCGCGGCAGACACGCGGCGACGUCAUCCCUUCAGCAAGCACGAUCGUAGGCAUAAGGAAUUCUCAAAGAGCAAAGACUCUAAAAAGAAUGCGGCUCAGAUGAACAACACACAGAAUCCACAGAACUGGGGUCCACAGGGCGCGCACGGUAUCCCUCUGUUCGUGGAGAAAUGCGUGGAGUUCAUAGAGAGGGAGGGACUGGCGUCGGAGGGCCUGUACAGAGUGCCGGGCAACCGGGCACACGUCGAUAUGCUCUUCACCAAGUUUUAUGAAGAUCCCAAAGUGGAUUUAGAUUCACUGGAUAUACCUGUGAACGCGGUGGCGACUGCACUGAAAGAUUUCUUCUCGAAGAGAUUGCCGCCCUUACUCGACGAGGCCAGCAUGGCUCAGCUUGAAGAUAUUGCCACGAUGCGCGGCUGCUUCGCGGGCGGCGUGGAGCUGAAGGACCGCUCCUGGAGGCUGCUGGCGCUGCGCUCCCUGCUGCACUCCGCACUCACGCCCCUCGCGCGGGCCACGCUCGACUAUCUACUGCACCACUUCGCCAGGGUGGCAGACAACUCUAAACUAAAUUCAAUGGACAGUAAGAAUCUGGCGAUUUGCUGGUGGCCCACUCUUCUUCCAGUACAGUUCUCAGACAUGGGCCGGUUUGAGAUGACCAGGCCUUACCUUGAGGAUAUCGUGCAGACCAUGAUCGAUCAACACCCCUUUCUGUUCCGGGGGCAAGAAGCUUUUGUUAUGGUGUGAGGACAGUGUGAACCCACAAUGCAGGUUGCAUUCGUGAUGGACGACGUUUGACGUCGCCGCGCUGUGGUCACGUGACCGGCGCCAUAUUGCCCCGCGGCGGGCCCCCGCUUACCAUACGAUACUUAUAGCGCGUAAGUUUGGCUACUAUGUGUACUUUGCGAUGUGGACUUUGUGACGACAUUUGACAUUAAACAAAUGACGUCACAGCUCACACAUCCAUACAUACGAUGUUGCGAUUAUUAAAAAAAAGUUUAGUUUGAAUAAUCGCAAUGACGUACCUUUAUUGGCAAGCUAUUGUUGUUCUAAAAGUAGGUUUUUACUAUACAUAAAUAUGUCUGUCGGUAUUCAGUAUAAUUAGACGGAUAAUGUUUAUUUUUCCAUUCGAAUUCUCAUAUCAGUGACGCUUAGUGAACGCGUAUCAACGUUGCUUGCAUUACGAUAAUUAUUUUCUCCAUUUAUUUUACAACGCAACUAAUUAUAAAAUAGAUGUUAUCCAAUUAUAAUAAACGCAUUUGUAUAGAUUAUAAGUGGAAAUGCACAAAAAAAGUAUUUAAACGAAAAUGUUUUUUAAAUAUAAGGUAACACUGGUAUUUAUAUUUGUAAUCUAUUAAUGGCAACACCAUGUAUUAAGCACAUUCCGUUCAGAAAUAUUAAGUGUUAAUAAUUAUUGGAUAUUAAUUGAUAAUGAUAGUUAUUCUUAUCUGGUUUUAGUAAGUCGUAUAAAGAAAUGCUUGCGGGCGCUUGUUUUUUUAAAUAUUUUUAUAUGGCAACAUUUUUGUGGUAAUGUCACGUGUCUCUUGUGUGUAUUGGCUGGUUUUAGCCGACUUAAAAGUAGUAAGUAUUGUAUUUAAAUAAUAUUCCUAAUUCCCAUAUAGAGAAAAAUGAUUUUGUUCAGCUUAUUCAAGAGGCCAUUUUAAGUUCUAUUGGUAUAGGUGGUCAACUAAAGGUAAACUUGGUAUGUAUUUUCGUUUCCUUUCACGGGAUCACAGGAUCCCGGACCUUUGGAAGGCGUACGAGGAGCCGAAGCCAACUCGCAGAGGCCCGUUGAACAAUUUUAAUAUAAAUGUGAUGGGACAUCAGCUGGCAAUUAUCCCUGUAUGCACUAUAAAAGGACAAUCCCCGGUUGAUGCAGGACUAUUGUGAAAUGUGGUAAAAAUUGAUAGGG